AUGUCAAAAAUAAAGUACACAGACGGUGUAACUUACACUGCAGGUGCUUUGAACGUAACCAAAAACGUCUUAUUCACCGCAGCAAAAGGGGACCGAGAUGCAGUCCCUAAUUUCGUGAUACUUGUAACAGAUGGAAAUUCAAAUUAUCGAAAAGAUCUCACUAUCGAAUAUGCUGACAAUCUUAAAAGCGUUGCGGUUAUUUACGCUUUAGGUAUUGGCAGAGAACUUGAGGAAUUCCCAGAAGAACUACUGGCGAUUGUCCGACAACCGGAAAUUGGGAAUCCUGAGGAUAUGGUCCAAAUGUUGAAAGAUUACAAUGCCCUCGAAGAGUUGAAACUUGCCAUCUUUGACAAUAUGUGUCCAAGUUCUCCUUGCUACGAGGAAGGAAAAGUGUUUGAAAAAAGAUGCCGUACAUUUAAAUGCAUCAAUUCAAAAUGGAAAAAGAUGGGUUUCACUGGUUGCAUCAGUAAUGGACGAUGCUACGAAUGGGGAGAAGAAAGAAGUGAUGCAUGCUACCAAUAUAAAUGUUUCAAACCUGCCAAUUGUAAAAGUAAUCUGUGUCCUAGCUACGACUACAGACUCUUUAACGCAGGAUGUCUUGUCGAUGGACAAUGUGUUGAUGAAAAUAAAGUUGUUGAAGACAAGAGUGUAUGCGCCAACUUUCAAUGUAUCAGACGAACGUUUGAUAAUAAUGAAGUUUACAGUGAAUAUCUUAUGGUCGGAAAAGAAUGUGUGCGAUCUGACGGGACAUGUAGUGAAGUUGGUUACACUUACGAGGAACACUGCAUCAAAUAUGAAUGUCAAGCCUCAACUUUUAAUGGCAUUCUAACUGCUGAAUUUAUGCCAAUAAAUACCGCAUGUAAAUAUGGGAAUAAAUGUGUUCAGCUUGGAGAAAGAAUUACAGAAGUUUGUGACGUAUUAGUAUGCAACUAUGACGACAAAGCCAUGGGUUAUGAACUUAUGUUGGAGUCGCAAGGCUGUGAACAUAAUGGAAAAUGUCUGAUGAAAAACGAAAAAGUUUUUGAGGAAAGCACAUGCACAAAUUUUGUUUGUACAUACUCUAGGAAGCAAAAUAGGCUAGUGAUGAAAGAAAGAGUUGCAGGUUGCAAAGGGACAGAUGGCAGUUGCGCUGCCAAAGGAGAGGUGGUAACACAAAGGGGUUGUAUCAAGUACCAGUGCGACAAAAAAGGCAAUUUAGAACUGAUUGAAGCAGGAUGUGAUGUUGAUGGAGAGUGUAAACCAGUUGGAUCAAAAUGGAGACAACCUGGGGAGUGUGCAGUGUUUAGAUGUGUAUUGGUAGACACAGUGGACGAUUCGGUAGAAACUGACAUCGAACAAGAUCUGGAAUGUCACAAUUUUGAUGGAGAAUGUGUGAAACCUGGUGAGAAAUUUGACGAUCAUUGUAUAACCUACAGAUGUAAAAACAACGGCAAAUUAGAUAGAGUUACUGCAAAUUGUGAGUUCAAAGGAAAAUGUUAUGACUCUGGUGAAACGUGGGUUGAAAUGUCUGAAUGCCUGACUUUAUCCUGUUAUAAAGAUGACUAUACUGGUGAAUCGGAACUGUCUUCGUCUCCAUACGGUUGCUUGGAAGAGGGAAUCUGUAAAAAUCCUGGUGAUAAAUACGAAAAGGAUUGUCAAACAUAUGAAUGCCAGCCAAAUGGACAAGGAUUCCAGAUAGUUGAUUCUAAAUGUCCAUGGAAAAACGGCUGCAAGAAUUUGAAUCAGACUUGGUUUGACAAGAAGACAUGUAGACGAUACGGUUGUUUUGAAGACGAGGAUGGGUUAGACAUAGAAGAAAUUACCUAUGGAUGUCGUGGUAUGAAUGACGAAUGUAUUAAUGACAGGAAAGAUUUAGAUCAGGACAAAUGCAUCAGUUAUGAUUGUAACAAUGGACAACUUGUGCCACAGAAAAUUGGUUGCCUAGACCAUGACCAAUGCUUCUUCCCUGGAGCUAAGAAAGUAGAAGACUGUAGUACUUAUGUCUGUUCAAGGGACGGAACCUUCAAGAUAGUUGAUCCACGAUGUCCAAAAGGAAAAACAUGCAGGCCACUUGAUUCAUCGUGGGUCAAUAAAGAUUUAUGUGUUAAAGAGACAUGUGGUUACGAAGAGGGAAACAUGUUCCCGGAUAUAUUGCCAUCACCAUACGGGUGUCCUUACAACGAUAAAUGUAAGCCUGAUGGAGCCAUAUGGAGAGACAGAAAAACAUGUACAACAUAUAAAUGCAAGCGAGAAAAUAUUAGUCCAACACGGGUUAUAAUGCAUACAGUUGAAAGGCCAGGAUGUAAAGGAAUAGAUGGAAAAUGUGUGAAAGAGGGCGAUACCAGACGAUACGAAUGUACAGAUUAUGUAUGUGACACAAGCAGAGGAGGACUUGUCAUUACUGGUCAAGGCUGCCAAGAUGAAAGUGGAGAAUGUUUCAGCAAAGGCCAGCGAAAGAAAAGAAGUUGUAAUAAAUUUGUUUGUAAUGCAAAGGGAAACUUCCAAGUAGUCAAAGCAGGGUGUGAAAAGAACGGAAAAUGUUACGAUAUUGACGAAUCAUGGCAAGAAGGGUGCGUUUGGUUCACAUGUGCUUUGCUCGAUAAAGGACCUAACUUUGUAGAAACAGAGAUUACUGAACGUCACGGUUGUGUUGGAGCUGAUGGUAAAUGUUAUGAGCCAGGUGAAACGUUCACAGAUGGAUGUAUAUCCUUCAAAUGCAAACCAGGUGGAGAUUUCGAAGAGGAAAACUUUGGCUGUGUUGGAUUUGACGGAGGAUGUGUAUUACCAGGAGAAACAAUAGAUAAUGACUGUAACAAUGACAAACAUAUCUUAGGAUGCCAAACUGCAAACAAAUGUGUACGUCCUGGAGCAAGAGUGAAGGGAAAAGAUUGUGUAAAGUUUCAGUGUAAAAAUGGAAAAAUGGUACCAACUGAUAUAGGUUGUGAAUUCGACGGAGAAUGUCUGCCUUUACAUAUGAGCGUACAAGAAGGUUGUUCAUGGAGGAAAUGUGUGAUUGCAGCAGAGGGUCCAAACUAUAUUGAUACUAGACUUAUAACUGAGCACGGUUGUAUGACACCUGAUGGUUACUGUAUUGACUUCAAUGAAGUAUAUGAGUACACAAAAGGUACAGAGAAACAAACAUAUGUAUGCGGUGAAAUUGGAGACCUGGAACCAGUGGUUAUAGAGUAUUAUACAAGUGAUGAUCAUCCAUUAGAUAAUUGUAAUUCUAAUAUUUCUGAUGCAGAUCAUAAAUGUAAGAUGUCAGCUUAUGGUAAAGAAUAUGACGUAGGAGCUGAGGUUGUAUUCGAAUGUAAAACUUACAAAUGUGUCAAGACGAUUGAUGCAGCUACCUUUGUUCAAGUUAAGGAAGAUGUGACAUUUUCCUCUCAAACACCUCGCGUUUUUUUUCUGUAA